GGGCGCGGCGGGCGGAAGCGCAGGCAGAGGCUGUGCCACCGGCAGCACCCGGUUCAGCUCGGCCCGGCACCAUGGACUGUUACACGGCCAACUGGAACCCGCUGGGCGAGGAGACCUUCUACCGCAAGUUCGAGCUGUACACCAUGGAGUGGAGCCUAAAGGAGGACCUGCGGGACUGCAUGGUGGCGGCCGCCCCGUAUGGAGGACCCAUAGCUCUGCUGAAGAACAACACCCGCAAGGAGAAAUCCCCCAGCGCCCGCCCACUGCUGGAGAUCUACUCUGCCUCGGGGCUUCUCCUGGCCAGCAUGCCGUGGAAGAGCGGCCAGCUGGUGCAGCUGGGCUGGACGGCCAGUGAGGACCUGCUGUGCAUCCAGGAGGAUGGCACCGUUCUCAUCUACAACCUCUUCUGCGAGUUCAUGCGCCACUUCAGCAUGGGCAAUGAGGUGCUGCAGAACCGCGUGCUGGAGGCAAAGGUCUUCCACACUGAGUACGGCACCGGUGUGGCCAUCCUCACCGGCGCACACCGCUUCUCCCUCACCACCAACAUCGAUGACCUGAAGCUGCGCAGGAUGCCCGAGGUUCCCGGUCUGCAGAAGCCGCCUUCUUGCUGGGCCGUGCUGUCCCAGGAUAGAGUCACCAUCGUCUUGCUGGCGGUCGGACAGGACCUCUACCUCCUGGAUAACACUUCCUGCUCCAUGGUGACCCCCCCUGGCAUGAGCCCCUCUGCUGGCACCUAUCUGCAGAUGGCUGUGUCCUUCAACUACCGCUGCCUGGCACUCUUCACCGACACUGGCUACAUCUGGAUGGGGCUAGCCACACUGAAGGAGAAGCUCUGCGAGUUCCACAGCAGUGUCCGAUCUCCACCCAAGCAGAUGGUUUGGUGCAUGCGUCCCCGGAGCCGGCAGCGUGCUGUGGUCGUGACCUGGGACCGGCAGCUGAUGGUGGUGGGCAACUCCACGGAGUGCAUCCAAUUUGUCCUGGAUGAGGACUCCUACCUGGUGCCCGAGCUGGAUGGGGUCCGGAUCUUGUCUCGCACCUCCCAUGAGUUCCUGCACGAGAUCCCAGAGGCCAGCCAGGAGAUCUUCAAGAUUGCCUCCAUGGCCCCGGGAGCACUUCUGCUGGAGGCACAGAAGGAGUAUGAGAAGGAGAGCCAGAAGGCAGACGAGUACUUGCGGGAGAUCAAGGACCAGAAGCUGCUCCCGGAGGCGGUGAGCCAGUGCAUUGAGGCAGCCGGCUACGAGCAUGAGCCGGACACCCAGAAGUCGCUGCUGAGGGCAGCGUCCUUUGGGAAGUGCUUCAUCGACAAGUUCCCCCCGGAGAGCUUCGUGCGCAUGUGCCAGGACCUGCGGGUGCUCAACGCCAUCCGGGACUACCAAAUCGGCAUCCCCCUCACCUUCACCCAAUACAAGCGGCUCACUGUUGAGGUCCUGUUGGACAGGCUGGUCCUGCGGCGGCUCUACCCCCUGGCCAUCAGAAUCUGCGAGUACCUGCGCCUCUCGGAGAUCCAGGGUGUCAGCCGCAUCCUGGCCCACUGGGCCUGCUACAAGGUGCAGCAGAAGGACAAGUCUGAUGAGGAGGUGGCCCAUGCCAUCAACCAGAAGCUGGGUGACACACCGGGCAUCUCCUACUCUGAGAUUGCUGCCCGGGCUUAUGACUGCGGCAGGACAGAGCUUGCCAUCAAGCUGCUGGAGUACGAGCCACGCUCUGGGGAGCAGGUCCCGCUGCUGCUGAAGAUGAAGCGGAGCAAGCUGGCCCUCAGCAAAGCCAUUGAGAGUGGGGACACUGACCUGGUCUACGCUGUCGUGCUCCACCUGAAGAACGAGCUGAAUCGUGGCACCUUCUUCAUGACGCUGCAGAACCAGCCGGUGGCCCUGAGCCUGUACCGCCAGUUUUGCAAGCACCAGGAGCGGGAGACGCUGAAGGACCUGUAUAACCAGGACGACAAUCACCAGGAGCUUGGCAACUUCCACGUCCACUCCAGCUACUCGGAGAAGCGCAUUGAAGGGCGAGUGGGAGCUCUGCAGAAUGCCCUGGACGAGUACUACAAAGCCAAAAAUGAGUUCGCUGCCAAGGCCACAGAGGAUCAGAUCAAGCUCUUGCGGCUCCAGCGACACCUCCAGGAGGACUUUGACAAGCCCUAUCUCGACCUCUCGCUCCAUGACACUGUCUCCAACCUCAUCCUGGACGGCCACCACAAGCGAGCCGAGCAGCUCUACCGCGAGUUCAAGAUCCCCGACAAGAGGUACUGGUGGCUGAAGAUCAGCGCCCUGGCCAACCGUGGGGACUGGGAGGAGAUGGAGAAGUUCUCCAAGAGCAAGAAGUCGCCCAUUGGGUACCUGCCCUUUGUGGAGAUCUCGGUGAAGCACCACAACCGCUACGAGGCCAAGAAGUAUGCGCCCCGCGUGACCCCCGAGCAGCGUGUCAAAGCCUUCGUCCUGGUGGGGGACCUGGACCAGGCGGCCGACGCUGCCAUUGAGCACAAGAAUGAGACCGAGAUGAAUUUUGUCCUGUCCAAGUGCACUGCCAGCACCGACACCGCCGUGGCCGAGAAGCUGAACCGGGCUCGAGCCCAGCUCCUGAAGAAGUGAGCCCCAGCCCGGGGGGCCCUGCCCUGGCCUCUUGCCUACCAUGCACUCCAGGGGGGCUCUGUCCCCCCAGUCCUGCCACUUGAACCACUCCGGGCUUCCCAGCCCUUUGCCCCCAGUCCAGGCUCCCCUCCCCCUCACUGUGGGGGCGAGGGUGGGGGGACAGAAGGGUGUCUGUGCCCUGGGCCGGUGCAGGGGGCACCCUGGCAGCGCCCCCCUUGCAGCUGCUCCGAGGUCUUCCUCGCUGGCUGCAAAACGCAGCGGCGGGACCCCCCCAGUGCCGGUGCAGCCUCUGCCCAGCUGCGGGCAGGUGGCUCCCAGCCCCCUGCCUGGUUCAAUAAAGAGAAGAGCUCGCUGUCCUGCC